AUGAAGGCUUUCUUGCGGCGGGCCCUAGCACUCGGAGAGUCCCCCACAACCAAGGCGAUGAAUCUUAAACGGGAAGGCAACGCCCUUUUUAAAGAGAAGGAAUACGAUAAGGCAGCGGAGACCUAUGCACGGGCUUGCCGACUGGCUGUUGACUCUAAUUUGAUCCUCACGCUCCGUUGUAACUGGGCGUUGUGCCUACAACGGUUGGGGGACUAUAUAGGAGCCCUCACAGUGAUGGAGGAGACAGCGGUGGUCUGUUCGGAAGAUGAUUGUAAUGCUAACCCGAAAUACCUUUACCGGAAGGCUGUGUGUUUACGGCAUAUAUACGAGGACAAGUCAGCGGGGUCGGAGGAGGCGUUGGAUGGUGUUGAGCCUAAGGAUCUUCUAUACAAAGCUAGAGAGUGCCUGCGAAAGGCUAUAGCGCUGUGCCCACAGGAUAAGGCACUGAGGGAGGAGUUGAAGACUGUGAAGGGGUUAUUGACUUCAUUGGAAUGUAGUGAAGGGAGGAGUAAUGCGGCGUUAGGCGGCAAAGGUUUCGAUCUGUAUCCGGACAAGCCGGACUGGGAUGAGGCCAGAGCCGCGGCGGCGGCAGCAGCUGAGUCGCGGGAGGCUGUGCCUGUGAAUCCCCUGCCCGAGCGUUAUGGCGCUGAGUACUGGCAGGAGCGGCGAGAGAAAUGGUUAGAAGGAUGUCUGUUGGGCCAAUCGGGCCCGGUCGACACGGUGUCCAGCGAUGAGGGCCUUGAGGGCAACGUGGCGAAGGAUAAGGAUAGUGGAUGGUUCAAGUGGGGAUCUCGAGACAAGGAUGCCCUAGCAGAUGUGAUAAUGGAGAUGUCCGGACCGUAUACACCUUUGCCGAAGCCCUUUAAACUCUCUAUGGCCGUGAAAGUUGCCAAUGAGGUCAGUAUGUUGUCACCCUUUGGCUCACCCGUCAGCAAGGAUGAGGUAGAGCUCCAGCCUCGUCGUUGGUCUAAGGAAGAGUCCCCUGCCCCUAAUGAGCUCACCUACGAAGUUGAUGGUCAAUCCAGCACAGACGGCAAGUCUGAUGAUGGUGACGCCGGUCCGACUCAGCGGAGCCGAACUGCUAUAUCGCCCAGGGGCCUCUUCUAUAUGGCCCUCUUGGCGCUACAGUACGGCAGUCAGCCACUCAUCACCACAACGUUCACGCCGAGGACUAUACCGUCGUCGGCGAUUGUUACUAUAACCGAAAUUGUGAAGUUUUUCCUGGCGAUCGGGCUCAUGUUUGCAGAAGGGUCCGCCUCGAGCGCCUUGCAAGGAUGGACACUACGUGGCAGUUUUUUAGCGGCCGCUCUUCCUGCGAUGAGUUACUCUAUGCAGAAUAUAUGCAUCCAGAUUGCCUUCCAACACCUCGACCCCCUUGUUUAUAACCUGGUCAAUCAGACUAAGCUCCUCUCCACUGCUCUGUUGACUUAUCUCUUCCUUGGCAAACGGCAGAGUCGGCAUCAGCUAUUUGCUCUUGGAAUGCUCUUCGUUGCGGCCGUUAUGAUCAGCAUUGGUCAGGCUUCGGAGCCCCCGGAGGCCCAGGGCGAACGAAACCCUAGACUGGGACUCAUCUGUGUUCUAACUGCUAGCGCGCUAUCGGGUGUCGGAGCAUCUAUCUCUGAAUUGGCAUUGCAGACAUAUAGUCGGAAUAGUUUCCUUUUCUCGGCUGAGCUAGCAGUAUACUCAGUGAUAGCCAUAUCGACAGGGGAGCUCUUCAAGGAAGGUCACCUCCCUGCGGUUGGCUUAGCCCUCCAGACCUGGACUAUGCUCAUACCGAUUUUUACGGCGGCUAUGGGCGGCAUCUUUGUUGGUCAGGUCACCAAAUACGCUGGCAGUGUCCAGAAGGGUUUCUCCAUUAUAGCAGGCAUCAUCUUUACGGCAUUCUUGAGGAGUGUGAUAUUGUACAAACCGCUGACGACCGAGCUGAUCCUCUCGGCACCUCUGACUGCUGUUGCUACUUACAUGUAUGCCAAAUACCCGUACAAAGCGCAAGGACGUAGUAGUAGUAGUAAAGAGUAGAGUAGCAUAUUACCGUCUACCAAGAACAACUAUUGUCCUUCAACUCGAGUACGCUGUCUUCCUAAGUAC